AUGCCUUCCGCCGUGGGACAUUCCCAUCGGCCCACCACCAAUGUCUCGCACAAGGGCUUCAAAUCCAAGAAGGCUACCAAGGGUCAACUAAGAGAGCAAGCAAAGGGCAAACUUUCGAGUGAAAGAGGACAGCGCAAGACACCGCAUCAGCAAGUCAUGUCGAAACUCGACCGAAGAAACCAGGCCAAGCAACGGCAGGCGCAGAAGGCCAGAGAGCACAGCAAGGAGACUGCAUUGUUCAACGGAAGAGAUGGAGCACCAAGAAUUGUCGCUGUCGUGCCUCUGUGCCCUGACGCAGAUGUCCCUGCUGCUAUUCAGAAGCUGAACGGCAGUCUCGAUAUCGAAUCCGACGUACUGGAGACCAGCUUCCGAGUGCCUGUCGACAGGUUCAAGCAGAAACUGCAAUAUGUCCCCCUCAGGCGAGACCUCACAGCUUGCAUGGAUGCCGCGCGAGUAGCAGACUUUGUAGUGUUCCUCCUCUCAUCGGAAGUGGAGGUCGACCCUCUCGGAGAACUCAUUAUCCGAAGCAUCGAAUCCCAAGGCAUCUCGACAUGCUUUUCCGUCGUUCAGAAACUGGACCAGAUCCAACCCGCUAAAGCAAGACCAGACGUGGUCAAGUCAUUGGUGUCUUUCAUGACGCAUUUCCAUCCCGAUCAAGACAAGGUUUACAGCCUGGACUCAAGGCAGGAGUGUUCGAACCUGAUGAGGUCGCUUUGCAGCACAACGCCCAAGGGAGUACACUGGAGGGAUCAGCGGAGUUGGAUGCUGGCAGACGAGAUCCAAUGGCCAAGCUCACCAUCAGAGUCGACUGUGAUCACUGGUGUUGUCCGAGGCAAGGGGCUGAAGGCUGACCGCUUGGUCCACGUUGGAGAUUGGGGAACAUUCCAAAUCGAGAAGAUCACAGCUGCACCAUUAGCUACCAAGAAGAAGCGAGAUGGCGAUAUGGCCAUGGACGAGGCCAACGCCGAAGAGGUGUUGGAGCUACCCGGCGAGGAUCAGGAAGAUACUGCCGAAUUGGCACCUGAAGAGGCCAGGAUGGACGACAUGGAUGCCGAGCCGCUUGACACAACUGCCAAGAAGGGCGUGUUACUCGACGAUCACCACUACUUCUCGGAAGACGAAAUGCAAAAGCCGACCGCCCCCAAGAAACUGCCCAAGGGAACCUCAAACUACCAGGCUGCAUGGUAUCUGGAGGAUGUCUCGGAUUCAGAGUCUGAUAUGGAUGACGAUGAUAUGGAGGAUGCCGAUGCUGAAGCUCCAGCUGCCGCUCCCGAGGAUGGAAUGGAGGGUCUCGCUGGCGCCGAACCGACAGAAGCCGCGAUGUCCGAGUAUCCUCAGUCGGAGAAGUUUGAAGAACUGGAUGAGGCAGAGGAUGCCGAGCAGCUCGCUGCUUACAGAGCUAAGAAGCAUGAUGAGGCACAAGAAGAUAUGGAAUUUCCAGACGAGAUUGAGUUGCACCCAAAUGUCCUGGCUAGGGAAAGACUUGCAAAGUACCGCGGCUUGAAGAGCAUCUCAACGAGCCCGUGGAAUAAUGAGGAGGACAGGCCAUAUGAGCCCGAGGAGUGGUCGAGGUUGUUGCAGGUCUCUGACUACCAGUCAUCGAGGAAUAAGGCUAUCCGCGAAGCAUUGGUAGGUGGAGUUGCGCCCGGCACUCGAGUACAUGUCUACCUCAAGGGCGUACCGGCUGAGCUCAAGGAGAGCUACAAGCCGUCUCACCCCGUCACACUCUUCUCUCUGCUGCGCCACGAGAACAAGAGAGCAGCUGUCAACUUUGACAUCACCCACAAAGAGGACUAUGAAAAGUCCAUCAAGGCUAAGGAGGAGCUCAUCGUCCAGUGCGGCCCGCGCCGCUUUGUGAUCAACCCGCUGUUCUCGCUCAGCGGCCGGACAGAGAACGAUGUCCACAAGUACUGCAGAUUCUUACAUCCAGGCCAAUCUGCCACGGCAACUUUCACGGGUCCCAUCACUUGGGGCUCUGUGCCGACCCUCUUCUUCAAGCGGAUCGUUCCCGAAGAAGGUGACGCCGAGGGCGAGCAAUCGGAUUUCCCUCUGCAGCUUGUUGCUACCGGCACCGCUCGUGCUCCAUCGACUUCCCGAGUCGUCGCCAAGCGCGUCAUUCUCACCGGCCACCCUUACCACAUCCACAAGAAGGUCGUCACCAUCCGCUACAUGUUCUUCAACCGCGAGGAUGUCGAGUGGUUCAAGGCCUUGCCGCUGUGGACCAAGCGCGGAAGGUCAGGCUACGUCAAGGAAGCCUUGGGUACGCACGGAUACUUCAAGGCCAAUUUUGACGGCCGCAUCAACCCCCAGGACAGUGUCGGCGUCAGUCUGUACAAGCGCGUAUGGCCCAGAGCCGCUGCACCCUUUGCGGGUCCUCUGCUGGCCGAGGGUGAGGGCGAGCUUGUGCAAGAGGACGAUGAGAAGAUGGACGAGGACAUUCAAUAG